GAUUGUGAAUUAAAUUUUUUUAGUGAGGUUUGCACUCUUAUAUAUUUUAAAUGGAUCGCAUGGAACUUUCAAAUAUUGAAGUAAUAAUGUGAUUAUACAUGAAUUAUAAUGUAUGCCAAUGUUGCUACGUUAUAACUUCUUGGUGCUAUUAACUAUGAACAUUGAAUAGUAAAAAGCAGCAUAUGAAUCUUUGUUGUUGUGUGCAGGGUUUCAAGAAGGUAGUUGUUGAUAGGUGGGAGUUCGCGAAUGAGUACUUCAAAAAAGGAGCUAAGCACCUUUUGUGUGAAAUACAGAGGAGAAAAACACCUCAGCAACAUCACCAACUCUACCUUGACCAACCACCAUCCCAGAUUCUUCAACAAGAUGAAACUCUAUGCUGGCUUGACACUCCUCUUUCAUCUCCAAAACCAGACACAGACAUUCUAAUAGCCCUUUCUGAAGACAACCAAAGACUAAGGAGAAAGAACUUCAUGCUCUUGUCGGAACUUGCUCACAUGAAGACUUUGUACAAUGACAUCAUAUAUUUCAUACAAAACCAUGUAAAACCGCCACCACCAUCCUUUGAACAGAGAAUUCCAAAGCUGGUGGAUAAGUCCUUGUUCACUUCUUCCGAAGAAUCAAAUAGUUCUGUGAAGCUCUUUGGGGUCCUUCUGAGUGGCAGAAAGAGAUCGAACCCAGAUAACAUCAAUCGAUGAUCGGACAUUUUCACAAUUAAAUUUGGAUAAUUUCCCUCUGAUGUCUUUUACUAUAUAA